UGACGUAGGCCGCGGACGUGCGGCCACAGACAUGGCGCGGAAAGUCUCUUACUUUUAUGAUCCGGAUGUUGGCAAUUUCCACUAUGGUGGGUCUGGGGGUGCUGGACACCCAAUGAAGCCACACCGCCUGUCUCUCACACACAGUCUGGUUCUGCACUAUGGGCUGUACAAGAAGAUGAUGGUGUUUAAGCCGUACCAAGCCUCACAGCACGACAUGUGCCGGUUCCAUUCGGAGGAUUACAUCGACUUCCUGCAGAGGGUUAGCCCCAACAACAUGCAGGGCUUCACCAAGAGUUUAAACGCCUUCAACGUGGGAGACGACUGCCCUGUUUUCCCAGGACUGUUUGAGUUUUGUUCACGUUAUACCGGAGCCUCGCUUCAGGGAGCAACACAAUUAAACAACAAGGUGUGCGACAUCGCCAUUAACUGGGCUGGCGGGCUUCACCACGCCAAGAAGUUUGAAGCCUCGGGAUUCUGUUAUGUGAAUGACAUUGUGAUUGGAAUCCUGGAGUUGCUGAAGUACCACCCGCGGGUGCUGUACAUCGAUAUUGACAUUCAUCACGGUGACGGGGUGCAGGAGGCCUUUUACCUCACCGACCGCGUCAUGACUGUGUCCUUCCACAAAUACGGGAACUACUUUUUCCCGGGAACAGGUGACAUGUAUGAGGUGGGUGCCGAGAGUGGCCGUUAUUACUGCCUGAACGUGCCGCUCCGCGAUGGAAUUGACGACCAAAGUUACAGGCUCCUGUUCCAGCCCGUCAUCAAGCAGGUGGUGGAUUACUACCAACCCACAUGUAUGGUGUUGCAGUGUGGAGCAGAUUCCCUCGGCUGUGAUCGCCUGGGGUGCUUCAACCUCAGCAUCAAAGGACACGGGGACUGUGUGGAGUUUGUGAAGAGCUUUAACAUCCCGCUGCUGGUGAUGGGUGGUGGGGGUUACACAGUCCGCAAUGUGGCUAGGUGCUGGACCUUUGAGACCUCGCUACUUGUGGAAGAGGAGAUAAGUGAUGAAUUGCCUUAUAACGAAUACUUUGAGUACUUUGCUCCAGACUUCACGCUGCAUCCGGACGUCAGCACGAGGAUUGAGAACCAGAACUCCAGGCAGUACCUGGACCAAAUCCGCCAAACAAUCUUCGAGAACCUGAAGAUGCUGAACCACGCCCCAAGCGUCCAGAUACACGACGUCCCGUCCGAUCUGCUGAGCUACGAGAGAACAGACGAGCCCGACCCUGAUGAGCGAAACUCAGAAGACGCUUACAGUCGACCCGAGGCUGCGAACGAGUUCUAUGACGGUGAGCACGACAAUGACAAAGAGAGCGACGUGGAGAUAUGAGGAUUGCAUUGUCUGCCGCAAACCAGCACCGACACUCGGCAACUACAGCACAUGGGCGUGUGUGUGUGCCGGUGUCGGCCUUGUCACUUCAAAACCAGGAACUUGCCGGGUCCCUCCCGGCAGCUGAGUGUGAUUGUCAUCAGGACAAGCCGGUCCACAGCGUCAAACAACGCGUGUUACAAACAAGUGUUUGUCUGUAAACACCAGGUUUCUCUGUAAGGGUUUGUUGAUUUUAUUUGAUCUUUUGUUGGGAAGAGAACAAAAUGGAAUAUCUGGGCAUCAUUCAAUAACCCAGCUCCUUGGUGCCAGUGGAGAUAUCCGCAAACUGACUUACACCCUGCAGCAUUGGGACUGAUUCCUCGUAUUGCACUGAAUGUGACUCUUCAGAAGAGUGUUUGAGUUUGAAUUGUCUGCUCUUUGAUACCCACCAGUGCACAGUUCUCUCUUCACUCUCCUCUGUAUGUACCAGUGUCAGCCUGUUAUGCCCUUUGUUUUAGAUUACAAUAUAUAAUGAUUUUCCUUGGGGCGAACAACUCGCCCUCAGUAUAAUUCCAUUUUAAAGUCUGUUGAGAAUGAGCAGUUGGCGUUCUCUGGGCCUGUGGGCUGUGCCAUGAUUUACCCAUUGUGCUGCCCACUAUCUGGGGCUGAGGGGGUGAGACGGCGUGGAGGUCAGCCCCCAACAUGAGCAGGAAGAGAAACUUGGUUAUAAAUGCUGUCUUACUCAAGAGAUAGAUCUGUGGAUUGUACAAUGUGGUGAGCUGUGAUUCCUGCCCUAGAACGUGCACAUCACACAGUUCCCACGCCCGAGUGCCUGUGAAGGCUUUAUUCUUCACUUGAUGCUGACGUCCUCCUUGGUCUGAACCCCAGUGACUCUCUUCCCCUUUCUCUCACACACAUGUACACACAAGGUUGCUUUUUAUGUAAACAAUGUAGAUUUUCACGCUAAACAUUUUGUAUAAAAUACAAUUGAAGACAAA